AUGGGAAUCUGGGGGACGGUGAGAUUUUUACCCCCCGAAAAAGUCAACGGCCGGAACGGGUCGCGGAGGUGGAGCGGAUUGGGUCGGGACGAGGCAGAAGAGGACCCGGGCAGCGGCGACGGCGUCUCCGGCGAGGUCUUCGUCGGCGGGGGCGACGGAUCCGGCCGGGCUCGUGCUCCCGCGACCGGAUCUGGCGAUGGCGGCGGCGGAGCUCCUCCGGGGCGACGGCGGCGGACGGGGAAGACGGCGGGCGGGCGGCGCAUGCGGCGAGCUCGCCGGCGGGCGGCGCUGGAGAUCGGGCGGCGGAGUGCGGGGCGACGGGGCGCGCGCUCGGGCGGCAGUGUAGGAGGCGGCGCGGGCGCGGGGCCCGGCGUGGCCCGGUUCGGUCCGGAGCGGGCCGGAUCUGGGCCCCGGGCGGCGGCGGUGAUGUGGGCGCGGGGAGGUGACGUGGCGGCGUGCUAUUGGACUGGGCGGCGGCCGGACACGUCCGUCGGCGAGGGGAAGUUUGUCCGGCGGCGCGGAGGGGAAGAAGGCUAG